CCACUAUUUCAGAAUAUUCAUUUUUUAUUUAAAACUCAGUGCAUGUUGUUAACGAUUCGAGGAAGCAAAGAUUAUUUUUGUGGUUAAUAUGAAAUUUUAUAAAAUCUUUAAAGUGAUGUUACCCUAUACAAAGUAGUGUCGUACAGUGUCGUAAUUUUUGUCACCUGUUUACAUUUUAGGUUUAUUCAGUUAAAAAAAAAUCGUGUAUGUAGUGUUAAGUUGAAGUGCAAGUGUAGUUUAUUAUUGAAAUAAUUACCAAGCCGAAUAAACAACAAUGGCAGAAGUAGGGUUCCCUGGGCAGCACACGACAACCACCAUGGUGACGUCCAAUACAGUGGUGCAGACAAACUUACGGUUCGACCCUCUCUACCUGAAAACUAUUCCUGGGAUACUCAAGCUCAUACAAGUUGUGUCGAGCCUGGUGGGCUUCAUCUGCAUCCAGGCGUCGUGGCUGAGCUACCUGGGCCAGAGCGUGUACUUCAGCUGGGUGGCCAUGAUCGCCUUCUGGUUCACGGGCAUCCUGCUGGGGCUGUAUCUGUUCCACAUGGUGGAGAAGUUCUACAAGAUCCCGUGGCUGAAGAUCGAGCUCGGCUUCUGCGCGGUCUGGACCUUCCUGUACCUGCUGGCCGCCAUCCUGGCCGUCACCAUGCACAGCGACGCGCACUCUGCGGCCGCGUUCUUCGGCUUCGUGGCGAUGUUCGCGUACGCUGCGGACGCGUACCUCAAGUGGCGCGCGGCGCGCGCGGGCGGGCUCGCGCAGGGCACGCGCGUCGUGUCCAAGCAGACCACCUCCGUCGAAGCGCCGCCACGGGAGGCCUACUAAGAUACCCCAGUACACCAUCAACAAUGCACUAACAAAAAUAUCGAUGUCGCUUGGUAUGGUAGGUAAUCGUUUUAUUUUGGCGAUAUUAUACCAUGCGCGAAUUUGAUCGAAUCAGUCUAGACACGCAGUUCAGAGCCCCGAUUACGGUAAUUUUUAACGUCUCCAAUCCAGACACGCUUCUCGAUUCUGCGAUACGAUUGGUCGUUCAACAGCGUACGUCAGCUGUUUUGACCAAUCGUAUCGCAGAAUCGAUGAAGCGCGUCUGGAUUGGAAACGUUAAAAGUUACCGUGAUCGGGGCUCAGUUCAAUUCGCCGUGCGUGUGUUCGAUCAAGUUCACGCAUUGUAUAACUGCGCCAUGUAUGAAAACAAAACAGCGCCGCUACAGUUUUAUAAGGAAAACGAUUACUAUUACGAGUCAUUCGUGCUUAGAGCACUGGUCACCCUCUGCGCACUGGAUCUUAGAUGAGGGACCGAAGGUAGAACAGGGCUUAGUGGUAAGGACAGUAAUGAAGGGUAGAGUGAAUGUCAUAGUCACGUGACUGACGGACAAAUUAGGGUUAUUCUAAGCUGGAUGUUAGGUUCAGUUCUGUAGUUAUUAUCUUCGUUUUUAUGUAUUUAUGCUCACCAGUUGGCGUCAAUAAGUAUAGAGUCCAACUGAUGAGCACAUUACUACUGUCCUUUCCACUAAUUUUUCAUUCGAAGUAUUAUCCUACUGACACAAAGCUUGUAGAUAGAUGACAAUCACAUAUAAGUCGAUGACGAUGUUAUAAUUAACACUCCGGGCAUUCGAUACCCCAGUGUAAAAGGCACAAAUUGAAAACUAUAUUAACCUCGAGCACCGGAUAAGUUGAUAUCUUGAUAUACAUAUUUAUAUUUAUGUACAUUAUUGCCUUAUAAUCUUACAUAGUAGGUACGUUAUUGUGGUCGCUCGUUAAAAGCUAAAAUCUGUUUGGUCAAUAUGUUUGGCCGUUAUCGGCUUAUCGCACAUGGUACAAAUUGUUGCUUGUAUCCGUGUGGAACCACCAGCGCAGAUAAAAUGCGGUCGUGUACUAUUACACACCUAGGUAUUUUUAUUUAAUAUGGUUUUUACUUUUACAAAAGAAAUAGAUUUAAUCAAUGCAUCAACUGCUUAGCUUUUAUUUUUUAUACAACACAUUCUCAACAAAAGUUGGUCUGAUUUAAUUAUGUAUUUUUUUUUUAUAUAUUUGUAUGUUUUAGUCAAUUAUUGUAAUCAUUUUAGUUUUGUUUUAUUUGUUGAUUUUUAAUUUUGUAGGUUAAGCAAACAUUUUGUACUUAUAAUUUUAUUAAUCAUCGCGAAAUGUUUUUAGGAAUUAUUUGACAAUCAUUAUGAUCAAAGCAAGUCGUUCCGUGUUUUCACAAUCCAUGGUCACUUUUCACGGUCAGGGAUUUGUUUGAGAGAAAUAGUAAAAUCAUUUUUCAAAUAUUCGUCUGUAAUAAAUAAAUAAAGUAUUGGCCGAAUUUUGAAAUUAAUUUCUUGUAUGCAAUUAUUAGUUUUGUGUUAUUGGUCCUUUUAUGUGUGUAGGAAUGUAUAAGUUCAGCCUUGAUGCCUGAUAGGCAGGUAUCAGUCGUACCAUGACGUUCUGUCUGAUGUGUGUUGUUUAUAGAUUAUGUGUUCUUUAGAAGAGAAACCAAAGAAAUGCGUGUUUUACGCCGUUUGCUCAUCGAAUUAAAUUAUAUUGGGUACGCCUAUUUCUUAUCACAUCGCGACAGAUUUUGUAAUGUAUAUGAAAAUAUGUAUAGCUCAAAAUCUUUUAUCUAUAAGGAUAAUUAAUAUGUAACCAUAACAGGAAAGUCAGUGCAAUAUUUCUA